ACACUCUUUUAGCACAUGAUAACCUGAACUCUGCCAGCAAGUGAGGCAAUGGUCUCGGUAGAGAAGAACAGGGAUAUCGUAUCUUACUACUGCACAAAACACAGCUGGCGCGGGAAGUACAAAAGAGUUUUCACAGUCGGUACCCAUGCCCUCUCCACCUACAACCCCGGCUCUUCCGAACAAACUAAUAUAUGGCCCUAUUCUGAUGUGUUUUCUAUCAUUCCCAGUCCCAAAUCUAAUAACGAGUUCAAACUAUUUGUCCGUAAGAACCCUGGCAAGUCACAGCAGACAGACGUUACAUUCUCCUGCGAAUACAGACUGGAAUUGCUAACUUACGCACUGAAGUAUUUCCCCAAGUUCACAGGGAGUCAGACAAUAGAGUUCCCGCGGUACAGAUGCGUGAUGAUAGAUCACACCGAUCACAGAGUUGAAGUGAACCUGAUACUGACCCCCUGUUCUAUUGAGGAAUACACUGUAGCUGGUAAACUGCUCAACAGUUAUAACUACAAAGACACGCAGUCUAUAGCAAGGGUUCAGGAUUACCCUGGCGGGUUUGCUAUGAUAUACGGUAGUAUCGGGAGAAUGGUGUUGUUCGGUACUAAUCAGCUGGACGAACUUCUGAAAAACGUGGAAAAGGAAGCAAUGAAAGGGAUGGCAAUUGUUAUAAACACUAGUAAGAAAAUCAUCUCCCAAGCGGACUUCAUGGAGGGCAGAUGGGGGAAUUUCAGUGAUGAUCAGUCCCAAACCUCACUGUCAGAGUUCAAUGUUAACCUGCUCUCUAGUUUCGGGGAGGCGACCCCGCGUAUACUGUGUUUAUCAGAGUCGUGUGUGUUAGAGCGGGACCCGAACACAUACAACGUGUGUACAAUGCAGCCUCUAACUGACAUAUGGGCCCUUAUAAGACAUGGGGAGGAUCCCCAGAUGUUUACUAUCGAGUAUAACAGUAUGGUCAAGUCAACCUACACCUGUCAAGAUAGAGACGCUCUGUUAGCCAGCAUCCUGGACGGAGCGCGCGGCAAUAAAAACAGGGAUAUUUGCGUACAGGCCAUGAAAACUAACAUGGGGGCUAGGAUCGGCCCUCUAUAUCUACCUGUUGAAGAGGAAGUGGAGAGUAUCUGUCUAAAACUGUUAGCAGAGGUAGGAACUAAAAAGGACACUACACAGACGCUUAUAGAAGCAACACGGUUCUUCAACACAAACGUCAGUUACAGUGGCCUGGCCCACGCAGUCACAGAAGAGCGACUAUUUGCGGAGAACAAAGAGAGACUUAUCAGCAACGCACUCGGCGCGCUCGUUAUAGCUGAAUGCCCGACCGUUAAAGAAACAGAAGCAAAUUUCCACGCCAUGAGAAGACUAGUGGCGUCCAGAGCUGGUUUUGCUGCUUUUACUAACCUUCCUGGGUUUAGGGAGAAGCUCGGUCUCAAGCGGGCUCUAAUUGCGUUUAAUCAGCGGGCUCUAAUUGCGUUUAAACAGCGGGCUCUAAUUGCGUUUAAACAGCGGGCUCUAAUUACGUUUAAUCAGCGGGCUCUAAUUGCGUUUAAACAGCGGGCUCUAAUUGCGUUUAAACAGCGGGCUCUAAUUGCGUUUAAACAACGGGCUCUAAUUGCCUUUAAACAGCGGGCUCUAAUUGCGUUUAAACAGCGGGCUCUAAUUGCGUUUAAACAGCGGGCUCUAAUUGCCUUUAAACAGCGGGCUCUAAUUGCGUUUAAACAGCGGGCUCUAAUUGCGUUUAAACAGCGGGCUCUAAUUGCGUUUAAACAGCGGGCUCUAAUUGCGUUUAAUCAGCGGGCUCUAAUUGUGUUUAAUCAGCGGGCUCUAAUUGCGUUUAAUCAGCGGGCUCUAAUUGCGUUUAAUCAGCGGGCUCUAAUUGCGUUUAAACAGCGGGCUCUGAUUGCGUUUAAACAGCGGGCUCUAAUUGCGUUUAAUCAGCGGGCUCUAAUUGCGUUUAAACAGCGGGCUUUAAUUGCGUAUAAACAGCGGGCUCUAAUUGCGUUUAAACAGCGGGCUCUAAUUGCGUUUAAACAGCGGGCUCUAAUUGCGUUUAAACAGCGGGCUCUAAUUGCGUUUAAACAGCGGGCUCUAAUUGCGUUUAAACAGCGGGCUCUAAUUGCGUUUAAACAGCGGGCUCUAAUUGCGUUUAAACAGCGGGCUCUAAUUGCGUUUAAACAGCGGGCUCUAAUUGCGUUUAAACAGCGGGCUCUAAUUGCGUUUAAACAGCGGGCUCUAAUUGCGUUUAAACAGCGGGCUCUAAUUGCGUUUAAACAGCGGGCUCUAAUUGCGUUUAAACAGCGGGCUCUAAUUGCGUUUAAACAGCGGGCUCUAAUUGCGUUUAAACAGCGGGCUCUAAUUGCGUUUAAUCAGCGGGCUCUAAUUGCGUUUAAACAGCGGGCUCUAAUUGCGUUUAAUCAGCGGGCUCUAAUUGCGUUUAAACCGUUAUCAGGUACACUACGAUAG